ACUGCGAUCUCAAUCUGAACAUUUUUGUUCAGUUAGCAAUUGAACCUGACCGUGAUAAUACAUAAAAUUAAUUUCUCAUAAGAUGUGGCAGCAUUCGUUUGUAAUUUUACUGGUGUGCAUUGGACUUGGGAAUUCGCUACCCACAUCCAUAGCCGACAUCAUCAACGAAGGUGAACAGCCAGUAUCAGAUUCAGCCAGCGAAUUGCCACCGACUCCGGAAACGCCAUUGGAGCCACAGUCACCCAAUCGACGAGUAAUUACUUAUGAUCAACGGCAAGAGGGAAAGUACAACAUUCGAGCUGAUUUGGAAAAUUUCGUUAUAAUGGUCAUACCAUCGUCGCCAUCAUCUGCUUCAGCGCUAUUAAAUUUACUUAGUCGAUCGAAGUUCAAGAAAACUCACGGAAAGAAUAAUCUGAAGCAGAAAUUCUCGCAUAAAGUACAGGGCAAUGCAAAAGAAGACGUCAAGAAAUUGGACUAUCUCCCAGCAAGAGCUGAUCAUUCCGAACGAUCGAAUACAAGAAUUAUUGAGCAUUUCAUUGAAGGACGCACUCCCUACAAAGUGGACAUUUCCAGCACCGGAGAGUACUUACACCCACAGGUUCAGGUCGUUCAGCCAAACUAUGCUCGAUCACUGCGGUCACCAGUAGUUGUACGAUUAGAACCGGAUGAACCAGUCGCAUCGGUAGUCGCCGUUAAAGUAAUUCUAACACCAAAUCACAAUGAUUACAAUAGUGAGUCGAACAGCGGAUUUGUUGAUCUGACUGACCCAAGUAAUUCCUUUGACAGUUUAAAUGUGGGCAAUAUUGAUCAGUUCGCCGUUACAGCCGUAAACAAUGAAGCCAACAGAGAUGACGGAAGUAAUAGUGGUAUUGAUGAAGAUAGGGGUUGGGAGUUAACGUUGUUAGGUUCACAGGAACAGUGUGGACCCGAUCGUAGACGUGAUAGUUAUGGGAUUUGUCAAUUUGUGCCACAAGAUUAUUAAUUAAAGAUUUGUAAUUUAUUUUCUGUUCUUUUUUUAAUUAAAUUAAAUUAAUUGUAAAAACGA